AUGGAGUGGGGCAACGGGACCCUGGUGACAGAGUUCGUCUUCCUCGGCUUCUCUUCUCUGGCCGGGCUGCAGCGGCUGCUCUUUGUUGCCUUCCUGCCCCUCUACCUGUUCACUCUGGGCACCAAUGCCAUCAUCGUUUCCACCAUCGUGCUAGACAGAGCCCUUCACACCCCCAUGUACUUCUUCCUCGCCGUCCUCUCCUGCUCUGAGACCUGCUACACCUUCGUCAUCGUACCCAAGAUGCUGGUUGACCUCCUGGCCCAGAAGAAGACCAUCUCCUUCCUGGGCUGUGCCAUCCAGAUGUUCACCUUCCUCUUCCUUGGCUGCUCUCACUCCUUCCUGCUGGCGGCCAUGGGGUAUGACCGCUACGUGGCCAUCUGUAACCCUCUGCGCUACACGGUGCUCAUGGGACACAGGGUGUGUGUGGGACUCGUGGCUGCUGCCUGUGCCUGUGGCUUUACUAUUGCACAGAUUAUCACCUCCGUGGUAUUCCACCUGCCCUUCUGCGCCUCCAACCAGCUCCAUCAUUUCUUCUGUGACAUCGCCCCUGUCCUCACGGUGGCAUCUCAUCAUACCUACCUGAGUCAGAUUGUCAUCGUCAUGCUCUGUGCACUGGUCCUGGUUAUCCCCCUGUCACUGAUUUUGGUGUCCUAUAUUCACAUCAUCUCUGCCAUACUCCAGUUUCCUUCCACAUUGGGCAGGUACAAAGCCUUCUCCACCUGUGCGUCCCACCUCAUUGUUGUCACCAUCCAUUAUGGCUGUGCCUCCUUUAUCUACUUACGGCUCAAGUCCAACUACUCCUCAAGCCGAGAUGCUCUCAUAUCAGUCUCCUACACCAUCCUGACUCCCUUGUUCAAUCCACUGAUUUACAGCUUGAGAAAUAAGGAGUUCAAGUCAGCUCUUCGUAGAGCUGCGGGAAAAACCAUUUCCCUGCCACGAUGUUAACCGAGCUCCUGCUCUUCCCAAGCCAUU